AUGGCACAGCCCUCGACUCCUGGCCAGCAGCAGCCGGCCACGUCCAUCUUCGGCGGACCGACCACCCAUGCCAUCGUCCCGGCCCAGUCACAAUCAGGCUCAGCCAUGACGAACCAGCAGACGUCGCCGCGCGUGGCACCCACGAGCAUGAACAUGAACUUGAACUUGGCGCCAACCCCGACCUCGGCCGGCUCCUCGUCCAACACGUACAUCAUGCCAAACUCACCGGCCAAGACGCGGCCGGUGGCUGAUGGCUAUCGCCCCAAGAUCACGCGGACCCUGGGACAGCGACCAGCUUGUCUUGUCAACGCAUCCGUGACGUACUGCGGAAACAACCAGAUAUACGCCUUUGGCGGCUUCGACCAGUAUACCGACGAGGUCUACAACCACGUGCUGCGUCUGGACCUCGCAAGCCAUCAAUGGAGCCUGGUCGACAACUACGGCGACAUUCCAGGGGUCAGAAUGGGACAUACCGCGACGCUAUACCAAGGCGACAAGCUGCUGGUCUUUGGUGGCGAGAACGAGCACCGCACGUACCUCUCCGACCUCAUCGUCUUCGAUCUCAAAACGGCGCACUGGACUCAGCCUCAGGUUUCCGGUCCUAUUCCCAAAGGCAGGGCUCGCCACGCCGCGGUCCUGCACGAGGACAAGCUCUUCAUCAUCGGUGGCAUAACAGGUCAAAACAACUACGUGCUGGAUGACAUAUGCUACCUUGACUUGCGGACAUUUACCUGGUCCAAAGCAUGGCGCUUUGUCGGCCGCUUUGACCACUCGGCGUAUAUCUGGGGCGAUCGCGUAUGGGUCUUUGGCGGCCUCAGCGAGGACAUGGACAAGAUUAGUGAUCUUUGGUGGCUCGAUCUCAAGGGCAGCCCAGAGUUCGACUCGCGACCGCAGUUCGGCAUCUUCGACCGGCAUUCGAUCGCCAGUCGGGCGACUGGCUCUCCUCGACCGCCUUACACUAUGGCCCCGGCUCCUGCAGUUGGGUCAUCCGGCUACGCCGCCAACUCUCGGACUGCCCAGGUCAACCCGCCCUCCUUCCAGCUAAAGACAUAUGCGCCGAUGGCACCCGGCUCGAUAUCGGCAUUGAAGUUCGUCUCCGGACCGACAAUCCCAUCCCAAGGCUCUGGCAUCCACUAUCACGCAUACUCUUCGGGCACGUUGCUCGACUUUGUGACUCCAGCUGCGACCAUUACCCCAAGGGAAUGUUCGUUAUCGGCCCUUGAUCUCGGCACGCUUCGCUGGCAGAAACUGGCCGAGGGUCGAGAAAUCUUCAAGUCAGGGUACAGAUGGCAUUACUGCACCAUGAACGAAGACGGUACAAAGGCGUGGCUCCUCGGCUGUCCCACUGACCCAACGGCAACGGACCUCGGCCCUAAUGGCUACGAAGAGUACCUCAGCGACAUCAUGGAGAUUGACCUUCGCCGAUACGGCUUCCUCGGGAACAACAUGACAUCGGAAGCAAGUAUCGAGUCCCGGCCGUCAGCAACAGCGCGGCCGACCGAGUCGCCGUCAAAGGGGCUCGGGGCCGAUCUCGCUAAGCUCUUCAACCAGCCACCGGAGGCCGGCAGCGGCACAGAUUUCGUCAUCACUGCUCUGGCCGAUGACUGCGACGAGGAUGACGCUCCGCUCAGCUCUGGCCUUAUCCGUGCUGACGAGGCCUCACGCGGUCCGACCUGGUUGGCAGCGGAUGCUCCCACAUCGCAGCCGAUUCAUGUCCACAAGCUUAUCCUGCAGGCGCGAUGGCCUCACUUCGCACGCUUGUAUAACUCGCAAAUGGCCGAGUUCCAUACAAAGAAGAUGCACAUCCCGGAGCCGUAUUCCGUUGUCAAGGCCUUCUUGCUGUACCUGUAUACGGACAGCAUCCGUGGGACAGUCGAACCAGAUAGCGACGCGACCACGGAUCUAUCCGACGUGGCCGGCCUGCUCGUCAUGUCCAACAUCUACAACAUCCCCCAUCUCCGCCUUCUGUGCGUCAACCGUCUCGCUAAGGAGCUCGACGUCGAGCACGCCUGCGUCAUCUGGUACUGCGCCGGGCUCGCCAACGAAGAGUGGCUUCGUAAGCGCGCGGCGACAUUCUGCAUGACGCACUGGGGCCGCAUCGUACGCACCCAGGGCUUCCUUCGCCUGCCGCGGAGCGCACUCGUCGAGCUAUCGCAGGAGAUCGACAUGGAGGGCCGUGUCGUCGCCGGGGAGGAGCUGGAGUGGGGUGGCAUGUCCGGCCGAUACGGCGACAUGGGCCACGGCGCGAGGAAGGAAAGCAUCAGCAGUAAUCAGACGCAAGUGCUCGAUUCGGAGGCUGACGAUGACGAUGGGAUGGAGCUGAACUGA